GAUUCGUGGUCUCCUUGUUUUCCUCUCUCCCCCGGUCCCCCCGUGUGUAAUGUGUAUUGCACUAUUGCUUGCUGCGCUGUCUACUCUGAGCUAUAGCAUCGUUUUCGGAAUAUUGACCAUCAACGAACUUGCUCUGACCAACAGCACUUUGGUGUCAGUUUGGCUUCACUAAAAUGCAGUCCAGCCCCUUGCUCCUCGAAGAACCCAUCAGGAUGGCUUCCAUCCUCGAGCCAUCAAAGCCUUGCUUUUUCCCAGCGAUGACAAAGAUUGUUGGCACACUCGGUCCAAAGUCGCGAUCAGUCGAUGUGAUUUCGCAAUGCCUUGAAGCUGGAAUGUCUGUGGCAAGGUUUGAUUUCUCAUGGGGUGAUCCAGAAUACCAUCAAGAGACAUUGGAAAAUUUAAAGGCUGCUAUCAAAAGUACCAAAAAACUGUGUGCGUGUCUUAACGCCGGAUCAAGACAAAGAAGCUACUUCAAAUCUUUUACCAGUAAAUUUUAAUGGGCUAUCAAAGGCUGUGAAGAAGGGUGAUACUAUUUUUAUUGGUCAAUACCUGUUUACAGGAAGUGAAACAACUUCUGUGUGGCUAGAGGUCAAAGAUGUGGAUGGUGAUGAUGUCACUUGUGUCAUAAAAAAUUCUGCUACACUUGCUGGCUCUCUUUAUACUCUACAUGUCUCACAAAUUCGUAUUGAUCUUCCUACGCUUACUGAUAAGGAUAAGGAGGUAAUAAGCACAUGGGGGCUUCAGAACAAUAUAGACUUCUUGUCAUUAUCAUACACUAGACAUGCAGAAGAUGUUCGUCAUGCUCGUGAGUUUCUCUCUAAAUUCGGUGACCUCAAACAGACACAAAUUUUUGCAAAGAUUGAAAAUAUAGAGGGAUUGACUCAUUUUGAUGAGAUAUUGAGAGAAGCUGAUGGUAUAAUCCUCUCACGUGGAAAUUUGGGGAUAGAUCUGCCACCAGAGAAGGUGUUUUUAUUCCAAAAGGCUGCUAUUUACAAGUGCAACAUGGCUGGAAAGCCGGCUGUUGUUACACGUGUCGUGGACACUAUGACUGAUAAUCUAAGACCUACCCGUGCUGAAGCAACUGAUGUUGCCAACGCUGUGUUGGAUGGCAGUGAUGCAAUUGUUCUUGGGGCAGAGACCCUACGAGGAUUAUACCCAGUGGAGACUAUUUCCACUGUUGGGAAAAUUUGUUCCGAGGCAGAGAAAGUUUACAAUCAAGAUUUGUAUUUCAAGAAGACUGUCAGAUAUGUAGGAGAGCCAAUGAGCCAUAUGGAAUCAAUAGCUUCCUCUGCGGUUCGGGCAGCAAUCAAGGUUAAGGCAUCUGUUAUUAUAUGCUUCACCUCUUCUGGAAGGGCUGCAAGGUUAAUUGCAAAGUACCGGCCAACCAUGCCUGUAAUAUCUGUUGUCAUUCCUCAACUAAAGACAAAUCAACUCCGAUGGACUUUCACCGGAGGUUUUCAGGCAAGACAAUCACUUAUUAUUAGAGGCCUUUUUCCUAUGCUAGCAGAUCCACGUCAUCCAGCUGAAUCUAAAAGUGCAACAAAUGAAUCAAUCCUCAAGGUUGCUUUAGACCACGGCAAGGCCUGCGGUAUCGUAAAGCCACAUGAUCGUAUUGUUGUUUGCCAGAAAGUUGGCGACUCGUCAGUGGUGAAGAUUAUUGAGCUCGAAGAUUAGAAACCUCAUAAUUUUGAAGGAUGUAUUGAGAUAUCGCUUGUACUUGUUUUAUUUUGCUUUCCAUCGAUGUAUAACUAAUAAGCCUAAAGGUAUGUAAUGUUCAAGUAACCUCCAAAUGCAUCCUACAAACUUGACUGAUUAUUUAAGGAUUUAGAGUUGCUUUGCAGCAUCACCUAUGUCGUAUUUUGUAUUCCCCACUUAUCUGCAAUAAAUAACAAAUCAGCAAUGUUCAGUGAGUA